CUUCCAUCCCCGUGUCUCACUUGGGAGCCAAGUUAUGGAAACUAUCGCCGACGAAGGAAAUACCCCUGAGCAAGAUGCACCAGCACCUGUACGGAUAUUAGUCCAGACCAGGACGCACCUCGUGCCGGGUGACAAAUAUCACGAAAGAUGCAGGUUAAUGAGAAACCUCAUCUGCCAGCAACAAUGGAACCGUGAUUUCGACCCUCAACAAGACCGCUGGUACGAUUACCGCGCCAACUUCGGAUACGACAACUCGCGGUGCUACUUUCUCGUAGAUCAUGGCAAAUCUUCAACGGAGGAUGUACUUGUCUUACGGUACAAGUGGGAUGGGCAAUCUUUCAUAUCUCUUAAACGAGCCUUGACCCCAGUCAUACAGGCGAGGCUCAGGACAUAUCCAUUCGCAGGGCGGCCACCAACUCAGCUUGUCCCAGGCAAGGCACCUGUGCAAAUGGAUGCCGCCAUCCAACGUCAAAUGAUCCGAACGAGACUGCGGACCAACAUGGAAAUCCCCGAACGGGACUUCGUUCUCUUGCGAGAGUAUCCCGAGGAUGCGGAGUGGCUCAGAGACACCGUGGGCCCGCUGCUUUGGUCAAAACUCGAGUCCCUCUCAAAGCAGCAAGAGAAUCGAGAGCAGACAUGCCAAGACUGUAAAAACAAGUCGGAAGGCUGUUGAUGAUUGUGGAAAUGUAAUAUUAAUAAUUUCAGACAGACUGGAUAGCGAGAUCCUUCUAGCACCGGGAAUGCCUAAGCAAAGCAUCGCCAUGUCGUUCCAGUACGGCUGCUGACAUGAAACAUUAGAAAGAUCUUAGAUCUAAUUAUUUGGAUACGAGAAUGAGAAUAAGCC